AUGACCAUAAGCGACUCUCCCAUAACAAGCAACCCUCCAGCAGCCAAGAAGAGGAUAAACUGGCAAAAAUUCAAACAAGUACUACUGCGUAAUUAUCCUAAAAAGAUAAUGAACUUGAAAAAUCCUCCAGAAAUUGAUAACGAGGUCCUACUCAUUACCUCAUCAAUCCAAUCAGCAAUGACGGAAUGUUCUUAUACUGCAAACCAAACCCAAGUCUCUGAGCCCCUCCCACCCAGGAUUUUACAAGAGAUCACCAUCAAACGGAACCUUAGGAAAGACUGGCAACGUACAAGGGACCCAGCAGUCAAGACUAUGCUAAAUUCUCAAAUAUAG